AUUAGUUGUAUCACUUCUGUCGGUACAAACAUAAAGGGAUUUUUCCUUUUAUAACUCCUUGGAGGUUCGUCAUAGUCAUUAUCGUCUUCCUCCAGAUUACUUUCGGAUAAUUUUCUCCUUUUUGCUCUCGUAAAGUAUGCCAUUAAAGUGUUGCAAUAUUAUAUACCUACUGACAAUUUGAUUGUUUUAAAGCUUUUGGCUAAAUUAUUGAAACUAAAUAUUUGAGUUUCAUUUGGAUAGAUUCAUAAAAAGAUUUUUGCUCUGUGUGUGUUUUUUUUUUCAAAAAUUUUUGACGAUUUAAAUGACAGCUCUGGUAGUUGAUUGAUUGAUUUCAGGGUGACACUUUUAACAAUAAUGAAUUUCCUUCUCAGAAACUAUAAAUUCCUUCCUUGUAGUAUUACAAGGAAAUCGAGCAAAUUAUCAAGCUGCAAAAAAAAUAUCAAACCCCCAGGAGAUUAUUUGAAAGAAUUUGGAGUCUACGUGCACGAAUGUUUACCAAAAUACAUUCAAAAAGUCCAUUUCAACCAUUGCAAUGAGCUGGAAAUCAUGAUACCGCCUGAAGGAAUAUUACCAGUCAUGACUUUCCUGAAAGACCAUCACCAAUCACAGAUGCAAUGCUGCAUGGAAAUCUGCGCCAUAGACGUACCAAGUAGACCAUUUAGAUUCGAAGUAAUCUACAAUCUACUUUCAUUGAGGUUCAACUCCAGACUUAGAGUGAAAACUUAUACAGACGAACUGACUCCGAUUGAAUCGGUUACCGGCAUUUAUAAGUCAGCGAAUUGGUCUGAAAGAGAAACUUGGGACUUGACUGGAGUGUUUUUCGCUAAUCAUCCUGAUUUGAGACGAAUAAUGACUGAUUAUGGGUUUGAUGGACAUCCUUUGAGGAAGGAUUUUCCUUGUGCCGGAUAUUUUGAGUCGAGGUACGAUGAUAUCAAAAAACGAGUGGUACUCGAACCUGUUGAGUUCGCACAAGAAUUUAGACAGUUCGAUUUGAGUUCCCCAUGGGAGGACUACCGAGAAUGGAACGACGAUGAUUCACUUAAAAAAGUUCCAACUCAAGUUGAAGACCAAAACAAAAAAUAAUUUGUUGAUUAUUAUUUUUAUUAUAAUAAAAGAUUAGGAUUUAUUUUUGGAAAACAUAA